AACGAAAGUGAGAAGACGACGACGACCAAAUUCACGAUCAUUAAAACCCUAAAUACAAAAACACUCAGAAAUGAAAACCCUAGAAAUAGAAUGAGGUUCGCCUCUUCUUCUUCGUCUUCGUUACAAUCUUUUAUAAUUGCAGCUGCUACUACUGACAUCAAUUUCGCUUCAAUGUCUUCUCUUCGUGGUGGUUACCCUAGAGGAGGAGCUCCAUGUGGAGAAUUUUGCUCUCCGUCUGAGAAUCAAGAAUCAUUGGUUACUGAAGAUUCACAUUUUCCAUCAGUUGAAGCUAGAAAUAAUGGUUUCAGGCAGCAUAAUGGACGGAAUUUCCAAAAUCAACAUUACCGUCAACCACCGCCACAACAACAGCCAUUUCCCCACCCUUCCCCACAAUAUCGACACCAGCAACCGACUCCUCCACCAUAUUAUCGCCAGCAGCAGCCGAAUCCUCCGCUGCAUUAUCGCCAGCAGCGGCGGAUUCCUCCACCCUAUUAUGGUCAACAGCAGAUGAAUAGGCCACAUCAUUAUCGCCAACAGCAGCCGAUUCCUCCACCACAUUAUGGUCAACAGCAGCCGAAUAGGCCACUGCAUUAUCGCCAACAGCGUCCGUUUACUCCUCCUGGCACCAAACAAUGGGACUACAGGAAGUGGGAGUUGGCGGUGUCACAGCCACCACCUCAAUGUGAACGCUUUGUAGUGCUUUCAUACAAUAUACUAGCCAACUACUUGGCUUUAGACCAUAGAAGAGAGCUUUAUUUUCACAUACCAUUCUACGUAUUGGACUGGGAGCGGCGAAAGAGAAAUAUACUUUUUGAGCUUGGAUUAUGGUCGGCUGACAUUAUGUGUCUCCAGGAGGUCGAUAGGUUCCAGGACUUAGAGAACGAGCUAAAGGUCCAUGGGUAUGAAGGAAUCUGGAAGAUGCGUACAGGACAAGCAAUUGAUGGAUGUGCAAUUUUUUGGCGCACAACACGAUUCAAAUUGCGGCAUGAAGAAUCUAUAGAGUUCAGAAACCUCGGACUUCGUGAUAACGUUGCACAAGUUUGUGUACUCGAGUCAAGGAACCAAAACUCCAGUGACAAGGUGUCUGCGGAUUCGCCUACAAGUGCAAGUGAUGCUAAUCUAGUUGUCAUAUGUAAUAUUCACGUGUUGUUCAACCCUAAAAGAGGAGAAAUUAAGCUGGGACAGGUCAGAGUGCUCCUAGAAAGGGCUCAUGCAGUUUCAAAGCUCUGGAGGGAUGCACCAUUGGUUCUUUGUGGGGAUUUCAACUGUACCCCAAAGAGUCCACUGUACAACCUAAUACUAGACCAGAAGUUAAACUUGGAUGGGCUUGCUAGAAAUCAAGUAUCUGGACAACCAACUGCAGAAAUAUCUGAACUAAAGCGAAAUUACCCUAACUCAGGAAACGGGUUUCCUAGGGCUCAGUCUAAUGAUGGUACAGUCAGCACUUCUAUGCUGGUUGAGGAGAAUGUCGAUAUGAAACAUGGUAAUGAACUACCAAACAUGCAUGACAAGAACAAGCCGUGCGACGAAGUGGAUAAUUCUUUUUUGGCGACAAACUUAGCAAAGCCUCAGAAUAUUUGUGAGAUGGUAAAUGCACCCAUGGAAUCUGGAUCUGAUGUCCAAUACAAAAAUGAAAACAGCAGGACUUACGAUGUUAUAAGAAUUGAGGAAGAAAUACUAGAUAAUUGUAAGGAUCAGUUUAUGUCACCGCACAGUGUGUCACUUGAACAGAUAAAAGAAAGUCCAAAUGGCAUUCCCGAGGAAGGUGUGCCACCUGUUGAUCUUGAAAAUGAUGGGGUGGAAGAGUUAUCCUCGCUUAUACCUUCUUAUAAUGAUGAUGAUGUUUGUAUGGAGAUCGUGUCUGAAAAUGUAGAAAGGCCGGGCCGUACUCUGAGGACUCAACCAAGCUUAUCUUCAAGUAAUCCAGUGAUUGAAACUACAAAGCAAAAGUCUGUUUGCAGUGAUAUGGAAAAGAGAAAUCUUGAAUCAGUAGAAAGGAUUAAUCCCUCAACUUUGUCUGAAGGUACAUACCAUGUCAAGAUCUCUGCUGCAUCUACUAGUAUUGACCUAAGUGUGGAUCCAAAGUCAGGUACCAUGUUAGUCAACAAGUCUGGUGAAGAUAGAGAGGAAGUGGAUCAAGAGCAUGGGACUACAUCUGAAAUAUGCCACACUGAUGCCACUAUGUUGGAUGCUGUCUGUGAUAGUAAAUUCUUAAGCCACGAGUCUGCAGAAACAGAUCAAUCCUCAGAAAAAUUGUCAGAUACCGCACACAUUUCAGAUCUACCACCACCAUGUUCUGAUGUCCAAAUUGAUUUCUCUACAUCUAUUAGUUCCGAGCCUGCAACCACAAGGAGGUACACUUAUGACCCCUCUUCGUGGACUCCGAUGGAUAUAGAAACAGCAACAGGAAACGCAGAGUGCAUGCUUUUAGAAAGUCCUCUUAAGUUAAAAAGCUCGUAUGCAGAAGUUGAGGAUUUUUCUGGGACUAGAGAUCCAGUGAGCAUGGAACCUCAAGUGACCAGUUACCACAGACGAUUUGCGGGUACUGUUGACUAUAUAUGGCAUUCCGAGGAUCUACAGACAGUCAAGGUUCUCGAUACGAUACCUAAACAGGCUCUUCAAAACUGGAGUCUUGGAUUCCCAACCAAGAAAUGGGGCAGUGAUCAUCUCGCAUUGGCUUCUCAAUUGGCAUUCAAGAAAGACACAUGAUGAUCGAUGUGUUCCAUAGUUGUAAGUAGGGGGUUAGUUCUUAAACAGACACCAGAUUCACUCUCUCUGUAUAUACAAAUGCUGUUGGUUUAGUUAGUUGAUUAGAAGUAAAUCAAAUAGUUCUUAUAACUUUAGCCAUGUUAACAGUAACAUCAGACUUUUCCAUGAUGAAUUGGAAAUUUAGUGAAAUUAAAAAUUGAAUACAUUCAAGUGUUUCUGUCCUGUUCAACUGAUUGGACUGAUCAGCUUAUUUGUCCUCUGUAUAUGUCUUCUGUUAACUUCAUUAAAUCACAAGUUUAGUGCUGUGAGCGGAUUACUUCAUUAAA